GGGCGGCCUGGGCGGGCGGGCGGCGCCGCGGGGAGGCGGGGGGGCCGGAGCGAACUUGUCCCGAAUCCCUUUAUUUGCAGUUGGAGCCGAAAGCUUCCCGGGCUGCGUUUAUUUUGCUGAUUAAAAAGACGGACCUUGGUCCUGCGGCUCCCCGCCGCGCGGCCGCCCUCCUUGCUCCCCUCGUCCCCUUUUCCUCCCUCCUUUCUUCCUCCUCCUCCUCCCUCCCGCCCGCACCAUGGAGUUUACGGAGAGGAAGAGAAGCAGGAAAUCCCAAAGCUUUAAACUGAUCAACGAAGAUUACCAUCAUGAGAUAUAUAAGAUCUCUGACUACAGCAAUGAUGUUAAUGGGGAGACCAAAGAAACACAACCCAUUUCUUUAGGAGAUGAAAGCCGGGAAAUUAAAAAACAAAUUACAGGGAUGAGAAGAUUACUGAAUGACAGCACUGGAAGAAUCUAUCAGCGAGUUGGCAAAGAAGGAGAAAAACUGAAGGAGGAGCCCCAGGAUUUAGACUUAGCCUGGGCCCAGCGCCUGGAUCCCCCUGAGGAGUCUGAGGAGAGCCUUCAUCCUUGUGAGAGCGACGCGUGGAAUGAAUUAUCACCCCAAGAUAACCAUUUUUCAGGGCAAUAUGGAACUCGAUCCAAAACGUUCCAAAAUCAGACACGAACCAUGGCAUCCAAUGGAGAAAUCCCAAUGGUGAAUUCAUCAAUUGGACCAAACUGCUGUACUUGUAAUUGCCAGUCAACUCUACAGGCUAUUCUUCAGGAGCUCAAGACCAUGAGGAAACUGAUCCAGAUUCAGUCAGUUGGGACUCAAAACAGACAACAACCUCCUGUUCCUCUGAUUUGUGCACAAAAGUCAACAAUAUCAAGAAAGAGAAAUAAAAAGAAAAAACUACCCCUCAAAACUGUUGAGCCAUUUACUAUGAAUAAGAAAACCAGUGCUGCAGAGAAUGAUAAGAAGCUGUCAGCAAACCCUGAAAGUUCCAAUCUGCAAGCAGUUGAACCCCCUCUCAACGUAGAAGCCCCUCUUUCAGGAUUUGGAAUUAUCCUUGAAUCAGCUUCAUCAGAUCCAGAAGUGCAACUUGCAGAAGGCUUUGAUGUCUUCAUGCCGAAAUCUCAGCUGGACUCUAUAUUAUCAAACUAUACUCGCUCAGGAAGUCUGCUAUUUAGGAAGCUGGUUUGUGCAUUUUUUGAUGACCAGACUUUGGCUAACUCUUUACCAAAUGGCAAAAGGAAAAGAGGGCUCAAUGACAACCGGAAAGGACUAGACCAAAAUAUUGUGGGUGCAAUAAAAGUCUUCACAGAAAGAUACUGCACUGCCAACCAUGUGGAUAAACUUCCUGGUCCUAGGGACUGGGUCCAAAUUCUUCAGGAUCAAAUUAAACUGGCAAGAAGGCGAUUAAAAAGAGGCUCAGCAGAGCCAACUGACUAUGAUGAGAAGCCGGACAUUUCUUUACUACAAACAGGUAACCUGUUUGACACCACAACAGAUAGCCUGAUAGAUGCAAGCCUCGAUUUUCCUGUUUAAAUUUUACAUCCUGCGCCAGUGGUUUUAGCAGAUACGAACCUCCUGUCGUUUAAGUAAUGUCCAUGUGAGGUCAGCGUUGGGAUGUUGGAUCCUGCAGCACGUGGAUGUCCACACCGUUCUCCCUUCACGUUUGUGUUGUCUCACACGUUUUCCCAGUCACUUCAAAUAACAAAACCGACAGAUUGUUUUGCUGUUUUUCAGCUUAAUUAAAGAUGAUUUCCCUCCA